CGAUGAAGGCGCCGAAUAUCCUUUCCCGAGUAGCAGUUCAUUUAGCCAAGAAUCACUGGAGGAAUUGAAGAAUCUUUACCUCGAUAACGGAAACUUCUGUCGGGGUAUUGGAUCCCCAAUCCCUGAAGGCAAUUACGAAAGAAAACUAACAAGAGGCAGAUCGAUCUUGGAUGGAGGCUGUGUGUAGCAAUCGCAUGUCAUUUCUCAGCCACGUCAGUGUCGCUUGUGUCUACCAAGACGUCGGGGAGUCCCUCUUGGAAGACAGUCCUCUCACCGUAUACGCGAAGACCAAGGUACUCCAGAUGAUUAAAGAUAGUCUACAGGGAUUCGAUACUCAAACGGAUGAUUUUACUAUUCUCAGCAUACUGCAUCUUCUUAUCAGCGAAUGUGGUGGAUUUGACGAGGACGUCUUCGAUGUUCAUCAAGAAGGAUUGGUGCGUAUUAUUUACCAAAGAGGUGGUAUUGGUAAUCUCGGUAUGAACGGGAAGAUUGCGGCCUUCAUGACUCUCACGAUUCUUAGUUUUACCAUUCUCCGAGGCCUAUCCGAACCCGCUAUGCUUCACGGAUUUGUCCCAAGUCAAAGGCCGUCGAUAGUCUCUGAAUAUCCUCCUCCCAUAUCACCUCUAUAUGCCCCGAAUGGUGAUCUUUCUGCUAUCUAUGGCCACUGCUCCGAUAGCACCUACGAGUUACUUUGCGACAUGCAUGAUAUCACGCGCACGUUUAUAGCACGGUGGAACUACAUUAGCGGCGCCUUCACUCCUAGAUCGAGCUCCGAGCUUGCGUCAUAUGAUACCCACAUGGGGGAAAUUUACACUCGCCUCUUAUACCGACCUCGAACCGACGAAGACCUCACGCCAGACUACGUUUACGAAUCUUGCCGCUUAGCAGGGCUGAUAUAUUGCCGUUCCUUAGUGCAAGGACUACCACUCUCAGAAUCAGGAAAUGUCAUGUAUGCUCGGAGCUCCGGUGUGAACAUUGGUGAAGGAUACAGUUCCCGAAGUUCAAACACUACGAUCAUCUCGGCUCUUCACGAUGCGCUGGAUAGCACAGACAAGAGCGAUAGUUGGUGCGCUAUGUGUGGAGUCUUCAUCUGGAUCUGUUUCGUGGGUGGCGCGGCUUCAUGGCCAUCGACGCACUCGGUCUACGGCGAACGAGGAGAUGUACAGGUACCAGCUGCCUGGGUCAGAAAAUGCUUUGCUCUUUAUACAGUGAAAGCAGGUCUUUCAUUGGGGUUUGAGCGCGCUGCAGCUAUUGCUGAAGCGCAGAGGACAAUGUUGCAAGUUCAGAACUUGAUCAACUUGAAGAGAGGGAUUGCGUCUCAAUAGACUAGACUUGAUAUUGUAUUUUUGUGUAAAAGGAGAUUUGGCAGUGCCUGAACUAUCCUUUUGAGUACGUCUCUAUUUCUUUCUAUUUUCCUUCCUAUACUUUUUUUUUUCUUUCAGCUUUCGCUCCCUUUUCCCUUCUCAU